AUGGUUUCAUCCCUUUCACCAGAUAUUAUACCCUUUGUUAUGGAUGCUAAAAUUUCUUAUGCGCUUUGGCAAAAUCUUGCCACAACCUAUGCCAAGCCGUCGCGUGCUCGUAUAAUGAGCUUGAGAGAAGACUUAAAUACUAUUCAGAAGGAAAAUCUCUCCAUCACUGUGUAUUUGCAGAAAAUCAAAGAGAUAUAUGCCAAGCUCUCUUCAGUUAGUGUUUAUAUAUCCGUUGAUGAAGUUUUUCUUCAUGCCGUACCAAAUCUAGUGGUUCUUCUUGCAACUUCAACUGAUCUAGUGAUCAGCGCCCCAAAUCCAACUUUGCUUCACAAUUCACCAACGCGGAUCCAAAUUGUCUUAUCGACUCUGGCUGGUGAUUAUGAUGAUUGCUCGUCUACUAUAGGCUAUGUUGUGUUUUUUAGCUGUCAUCUAGUCUCAUGGAGUUCUAAGAAACAACGAGCUGUAGCUCGCUCUUUAACAGAGAAAGAAUACAGGGCCAUUUUCUCUACCACUGCUGAACUUUGUUGGGUGCAUAACCUUCUCAAGGAGUUAUCAAUUACUCCAGCUCCGCCACCGGUCAUCUACUGCGACAAUCUUGGUGCUACAUAUGUUUGUGCUAAUUCGGUAUUUCACUCUCACAUUAAGCACCUUGAACUUGAUUAUCAUUUUAUCCGUAAAUUAGUCCAGUAA